CAAUAUUCACUCAAGAGGCGGAGAGCUGGUAGAAAAGUUAGCACGCCAGGCGAAAUGCUUAGCGGUAUUUCGUCUGCUGUUAUGUUCUGAGUUCAAAUUCCGCCGAGGUCGACUUUGCUUUUCAUCCUUUCGGGGUCGAUAUAUUAAAUACCAGUUACACACUGGGGUCGAUGUAAUCGACUUAAUCCCUUUGUCUGUCCUUAUUUGUCCCCUCUAUUCUAGCCCCUUGUGGCCAAUAAAAAAAUAAGAAACGUUAGCACGCAGGGUGAAAUGCUUAGCGAUAUUUCGUCUGUCUUUACGUUCUGAGUUCAAAUUCCGCAGAGGUCGAUAAAUUAAGAACCAGUUGAGUACUACGGUCGGUCUAAUCGACUGGCCCACUCCCCAAAAUUUCGGGCCUUGUGCCUAAAGUAGAAAAGAAUAUUCACUCAAGACAUUCUCCUCCCUUCUCUUUCAGUAGCGGAUAAGAAUGAAAUAAGCCUCGUUCUGAAUCAGGAAGUGGAUGUACAAAAUUGUCGGUCGCCAUUGUUUUGUAAUCCUAUUUUAUUGUCCAUCGAUGGAGCUUUCUAACUUGUACAUUGAUUCUACUUGUGUAUGACAUGUUGAUUUCAUCCUGGCCGGGAAAAAUAUCACCAGCGUAAAAGACGAUUUCUCCGAUGAUAAUGACAGAUAAUUACCUGCAAAUAACUCAAUGUUCGUCAUCUUUUUAAAGAUGUUAUACACAACUGAUAAAAUCCUGUUUAUAUAAAUCUAUGGUUGAAUUACUGCGAAAUAAUUCAUCUGAAAUGAGAUUAUUUACAUUUCUCUACUUCACUCUCUGGAAUAAGUACAAGACAGCUUUAAUUAAACUUGGAUAAAUUUAUUAAGAAGAUAAAGCUGGUUUUUCUUGAAAGAAACUUCGUUUAUGAAUAAGUCUGGAUAAAUGGAUCUAUUUUAGCGUUACCAUACGUAUUUCUUAUUACAUAACAGUUCUUUUGUAAUAAACUAUCUUGGAAUACUUUCUCAGAAAUGUUUCCUUGUGAUAAAUCUCCUUGUAAGUAAAAAUUUGCAGAAUCUUUAGAUCUCAACAAAGAACAGAGUUGAUGGAAACUAAAGAAAUAUUUGUGAGAAUAAAAUAUAAAACUCAACACAAGAAAAAUAUUUGUAUAUUGUGGUGAAAAAGAGAAUUAUGGAAAAUGAAUUAUGUGAGAAUCAGGAUGAAUAUGAAAUACAAUCAAAAACAAUUGAUUUUCCUGAUGAGAUAUUAAAACAUAUAGAAAAACCGUCAAACCACAGUGAUAUAUCUAAAAAAAGUAACCCAAUUAAAUACUUGCAUUCACAUACUGGAGAGAAACCAUAUCACUGUGAUUUCUGUGGUAAAGCAUUUUCUCAGAAGGGUUCCUUAACUACACACCAUCGUAUUCAUACAGGAGAGAGGCCAUAUAACUGUGAUAUCUGUAGUAAAUCAUUCUCUACAAAAGUUCACCUAGCUAUUCACAUACGCAUUCAUACAGGAGUAAAACCAUAUCACUGUGAUAUUUGUGGUAAGUCAUUCUCUCAAAGUAGUUACCUUACUACUCAUAAACGUAUUCAUACCGGAGUGAAGCCAUAUCACUGUGAUACUUGUGGUAAAUCAUUCUCUCGCAGUAGCGAAUUAACUACCCACAGACGUAUUCAUACAGGAGAGAAGCCAUAUCACUGUAAUAUCUGUGAUAAAUCAUUCUCUCGAAGUGGUGAUUUAACUACUCAUGAACGUAUUCAUACAGGGGAGAAGCCAUAUCACUGUCAUACUUGUGGAAAAUCCUUUUCUACAACUGUUCACUUAACUACUCACAUACGUAUUCACACAGGGGAGAAACCGUAUCACUGUGAUAUCUGUGAUAAAUCAUUUUCCCAAAGCAGUUACUUAACCACUCACAAACAUAUUCAUACAGGAGAGAAACCAUAUCAUUGUGACAUUUGUGGUAAAUCAUUUUCUAGAAAUGGAAAAUUAACUACUCAUAAGCGUAUUCAUACAGGGGAGAAGCCAUAUCACUGUGAUAUCUGUGGUAAAACAUUUGCUAGAAGUGAUUCUUUAACUAUUCAUAAACAUAUUCAUACAGGAGUGAAGCCAUAUCACUGUGAUAUCUGUGAUAAAAAAUUCUCUCGAUAUGGGGAAAUAACUACUCAUAAACGUUGUCAUACAGGAGAGAAAACAUAUUGUGAUAUCUCUGGUAAAUCAUUUUCUCGAAGAGAUCAUCACACUAUUAACAGAGACCUUCAUACUGGAGAGAAGUCAUAUGUCUGUGAUUUCUGUGGUAAAUCUUUCUCUCGAAAUGGGGAAUUAACUAUUCACAAACGUAUUCAUACAGGAGAGAAGCCAUAUCACUGUGAUGUCUGUGGUAAAUCAUUCUCUCAAAGUGGUUAUUUAACUACCCACAAACAUAUUCAUACAGGAGAGAAACCAUAUAACUGUGAUAUCUGUGGUAAAUCAUUCUCUCAAACAAAUAUCUUAACAACUCACAAACGUAUUCAUACAGGAGAGAAGCCAUAUCUUUGUGAUGUAUGUGGCAAAUCAUUCUCUGUACCAUGUAGUUUAACUAAACACAAACGUAUCCAUACAGGAGAGAGACCAUAUCACUGUGAUAUUUGUGGUAAAUCAUUCUCCAUAGAUAGUCACUUAACAACUCACAAACGCAUUCAUACAGGAGAGAAACCAUAUCACUGUGAUAUUUGUGGUAAAUCAUUCUCUCAAAGUGGUUAUCUAAAUACUCACAAGCUUGCUCACAUAGAAAAGAAAUCAGAUAAUGAAUAAUAAUAAUUCUCAUUAAGUGGUGACUUAACAAUUUGGAAUCACAUUUAUAUAUGAGUGGAAGAUUUAAUUUGUUACUGGACUUAACAUCACAAUUUGGUUGUUGUGUUCUGUGAAGUUCUCUUUAGUGAAGUCCACUGUUAGCAUUCAGGUUUGGUGUUGGGUCUGAGGACAUCUUCCUAUUUUCAUGUGACUGAACUGAAAAAGUUAAAAGUAAGAAAUAUCUACAAAGGAGAAAAGAUACUGUUGAUUUAUUUGAAAUUGUGGGCAAAUAACUGAGAAAUGUUUUCACAUAUCACUGGUUAACAUUACAGUUUUUUAUGCUAGAAAUAUAAUGCACAAACCAUAACAAAACAUUUCAUUGUAGGAUAUAUGUAUUAAAAUGUAUUAAAUCUUUUAUAUAUAUAUAUAUAUCUGAAUUGAAGGAAUUGAGCUGGUAAAAUCCAGGCUACUUAUGUUUCCUAGCUAGCAGAACCUCGGAAGUAAUAAUUACUCAAUGAGGGGUACUCCACUAGCUACUCAUCAGGCCAAAGAUACUUUAGUUAAAUGAAGGUUACUUUGUCAUUAAGGAAUCCCAAGAUUUUCCAGCUUAUCAAACUAUGAGAGAAACCUACAACCUGCUACAUCAAUAAACUAUUAUUGUUUUUAUAUCUACCACGGACUGCUCAAAGCUUACUAACUUCCUACACCUUGAUCCUUGGAUCUUACAAUUACAUAUCAUUAUUCUGUGAACACUAACAGUGUGGAAGACAUGGGAAUGGGAAAAAAAUGAAGCUAAACCUGUCACUAACAGAUAUUCUCCUAACGAAUAAAACAAUAUCAUGAUUCACCAAAUGCGGUGGAAGGCCUUCUCUCUUAACAAUUCCAUGACCAACUCCAAAAACUUGACUCAUCAAGCCUUCAUAAAAAUCCCAUUCCUAACUAAAAUCUGGAUAAUUCUGAACAGGACCUAACCAAUCUGAUUUAAAAUAUCAAAUUUAAACCCCAAAAAAGAGCUCCCAAUCCUCACCUAUGAUCAACAAUAUCAUCAGGAAACUUUUUAAAUAUUCAAGAAUCCUCAUCCAUCCAUACAGACAAGACUGGCAACCUAUACAACAUACCAGGAAUUGAUACUUAAACAGCUGCACAAGUACUACUGUAUUGUACCAGACUCUGUCCUGACAGGUAUCAACCUCAAGAGAUCUUGGCUUAGAAGAUAGAACUGAACCUUCCAUACUUCAGUCACCUCAUAUUUACUGAAAGGACCAGAAAGAAAAUUUUGCUGUGAAUCCUUCCGUUUGCCUCAUCUGCCUCUCAAGCUCUGAUAUAAGUAGGAUUAAAAAAAGUUCUAUUUGGUAGAAUUCUACCCAAACUUCAUUUUAAAAUUACACUAGACCUCUGGACUAACACCACUGAAGCCAUCCAAUGGUUUAAAUCCUUAAGCCCCAAAGGUAAAUACUAAUUCAUUCAAGUUGAUAUAGACCAGUACUAUUCCAGCUUAUCCUCUAUCCUACUUAACACAGCCCUCAUAUUUGUACUAAAAUAUUCUGACCUAACUAGACGUGAUAUCAUUAUUAUCCUGGCAGCUCAUUGAACUAUUAUAAAAUUUAAUGAAAAACUUUGGGCCCACAAGGAUACUUCUAAAUACUUCUACACUUUAAUGGGGCCAAUAUUCGAGCAAUACGCUGAAUAUUACUGCUGCACCUUACACCAUGUUGGAUAUAAAAAAAACUCAAUUAGAUACCUCACUAUAUGGAGUGAUCCUGUCCCCACUGAACCUCACACCACCGAUACAUCUGUCCCCUUAGAUAGAACCCAAGCUAUCCCCCAUAUAUUACCCUCCCCCUAUUCCUCCAAAUUUUACUGUAGUAGCAAACCCAAUAGGUACUUCUCUCACCCUGUGAUUCUAGAUCCCAAAUCCACCACUGCCCAUUGAAAUCCAUGCCAGCGCACGCCUCCAUACCCCAAGCCAUACUCGGGUAACCCCCUAAAAUGGAAUAGACUGACCAGGACACACAAUGUUAUCUGGUUCCACACCCACUCCUUUUGUCUUUAAUGUUCAGACCAGAGUGCCUAAACUUUUCUUUGCUCUACUUAAAAAACAUUUCCCUAAAUCCAGUUCUCUUUGAAAAUCUUCAACCCCCAAUCAGUUAAAUUUUCCUACUCCCCCACAACUAUCGUUGCUGUUAUAAUCCAACGUCUGAACAAUAAGAAUCUUAGUAACCAGCAAUUAGUUAACUUUAAUCACACUAAUACAGCACACCCUAAUUCCCAGCCCCCUGCCUGUAACCUUAGAACAUCCUUAAAUCUCCUUACCAACACCACUGCUAGCACCCCCAGCCCUAAUCUUAAUACCAAUCCUAACACCACAGAAGAUAAUUCUUAUAACACCAGGUUAAUCACAGAUAAUCAUAAUCCCACAAACUCCACUUUAGUACCUUCUAGAAUCCUAUGCAGCUGUAGAUGUCCCACUUCCUGUCCCUUAGAUGCCUCACAAAAAAAUUUUGUAUAUAAAUGUAUGGUAUCAACAGAAGAUACCAAAUAUGUAUAUAUCGACUCAUGCAGCACCAACUUGAAGGUCAGAGUUGGUAACCACUAUUCUAGCUUUAAAUCUCAAGCAAGAACUUUAUCUAGACUCAUUCAUAGCUUAAAAAAAACUCAGUUCUAUACAAUUUGAAAUGGUCCAUCAUUACCCUUGCCAAACCAUAUAACAGCUAUAACAACAAACGUGAUCUCAGCAUCACAGAAGUCUUAUCUAUUAUGCAAUGCAGCGAUAGCCUGAAUGAAUGGACCAACCUAGUUCUUAAUUGUAAACACAAGUUAUGUAACACAUUCUUAAGGUACAGAUAAUGGCAACCACCUCAAUUAUUCCCUAACUAUUCCUCCUGCAUUCCCACCCCAACUUGAAGCUCUUCUAUGUAUUUAUAAUACAACUUCUUUAGCUACCUUUAUAUUUUCUUAACUCUGUGAUCUCCCUAUAUCUUCCUCUCUGCACAUGAGAAUAUGCAGGUGUAUGCACACCUAUAGGAUAUUGUAGGCACACAGAACAUGCACGCAGGAUAUUUGAAUAUAUAGUUUUACUGUUAAGUAGUAAGCCACCAAUUUACCUCCAAUUAUGUUCCUCUAAUGACUAAUAACUUUAUCUCUCACCUUCCUCUCUUUCUUCUCCCUCUUCUCUUCUAAUAAACCCACCUUACUCUUACUCUUAACUAUUUGACGUCUUCCUUUUCUUUUCAUUCCUGACAAUUUCAGUUCGAUAGUUGAUAUAGUAAAAUGACUCCAGCUUAAUAUUCACAACAACUGUUAUAACGUAAGACGAAUAAUGAUAUUGUGCUCUGAUAAUAACUUUAUUAAUGAACAAAGGAAACAACAAUAAUUCCAAACCGAAGUGCAAAGUGGAGAACUGUAACUUCAAUUGUCCACAAUGCCAAAUGAACCAUCUGUACCACAGCAAGUGUGCUAAGGCGUAAAGAGUAAAUCUACAACAAUGAGUCAAUGCAUAUCUAACAUCACCUGAUAGUCAAUAAAGUAUUCUCUCAGAUAAAUUGACAUAAGUUUAAAUAAUAAACAAUGUUGGCGUGAAAGGCAUCACAUGAUAAAAUCGUAUCCCUUGAUUGGAUGACAAUAAACAGCAUUUUAUGUUGAGACAACUGGAGUUGUCUCAACAACCUUCCCUUCAGUCCACUUCAAUCUAACCUAAAUUCCCCCUCUCUUUUUCUUUAUUCUUAACAACUUUAGACAAUUACCCGCUCCCAUAUUUUUGACCUCCUUUUCUAUUACUGACCAUUUUAUUUCUUCCUACAUAUGUUUUAUUAUUUUAUUUUUUCACUCUGUUCUGGCAUCACCACUCAUUUUAAAUUACAACUUGGGAUUCCUUAAUGACAAUGUAACCUUCAUUUAACUGAGGUAUCUUCAACCUGAUGAGUGGUUAAUGGAGUACCUCUUGUUGAGUAAUUAUUACUUCUGAGGUUCUGCUGGCUAGGAAACAUGUAGCCUGGAUUUUACCAGCUCCACUCCUUCAAUUUGGAUUUUUAUUUGCAUUCAUAGCAAUCUUAGUUGCUAACCAUGAACGAUAAAAAAACUUUUUUCAGCUUAUCGAACUUCGAUAUGGGAAAAACCUACAACCUUCUAUGCUAAUAAACUAUUAUUGUUCCUGAAA